AUUUGACCAACGAACGACGGAACCAGUCCUCCCGGCAACACCCGAUUUCUCUUACAUAUUCUCAAUCUUCUCCUUAAUCCCUGAGAAAACCCUAGCGAGAUUCCACUCGAGAUCUCGAUUCAGACUCGACGCAACUCGUCAAAAUGCACGACUUCUGCUUCACGAUCCCCUACGGCUUGAUUCUUGUUUGCGGAGGACUGUUCGGGUAUGCCCGCAAAGGCAGCACGGCCUCCUUGGCCGGCGGCGUGGGCACCGGUUUGUUGCUCCUCCUAGCUGGUUAUCUUAGUCUCAGGGCCUUUGGCAAGCGGACGAACUCCUAUCUAGCCUUGAUUCUGGAGACUGUUUGUGCUGCCAUGCUGACAUGGGUUAUGGGACAGCGCUAUAGUCAAACUUCCAAGAUCAUGCCGGCUGGUAUUAUUGCUGUGAUCAGUGCUCUCAUGACUGGAUUUUAUGUCUACAAGCUUGCCACAGGCGGAAACCAUAUCCCCCCCAAGUCUGAUUGAUGGCAUUAAUGGUACCUUUCUUUUGUUUCUCCAGAUGCUUUUUCACAUAGUGUGUGUAACAGGACAAAUGCUUCUCUUGGGACAGUUUUGGGUUCUUCUGGGGUUAUAUGGAUGGCAGUGUUGUUGUGUCCUACUGGAAUAAAGUUGUUACAAGUCAUGGAACCUGGUCUGUACCAUUUGCUGUCUUUUUUAAUGAAUCAAUCAGCCUCUGUAGAUUAUAAUUC